AUGCAGUUGCUAUCGAUAGUGCUAUUGUUCGUCACAAGUGUUUUAGCAAACCUUGCCAAAUUCGAUAAUGACGAAUACUCUCAAGUUUGUGCUGGAGUUUACUCCAAGAAAGAUUGGGGUGGAUCGUUUAAACCACAUAUUUCACUCACACUCAACCAAUUCAAUGACCACAAAUACAACUCAAAAAAUAAAGACCUGCAAGCAUCCGACGCCGACGCCGACGCCAACGAUGCUGAUGGUGUUUCUGUGAGUUACAUUAUUUUCGAGUACAAGGACCUCGUCAAUAUUGGAGAGUAUCUUGGUGAUGGGAAAUAUAAAUUCAUCUGUGACGACUAUGCAAUCAACGACUUGAAACUUUGUAAGGAAGAACAAAAGGGUCAAUUUAUAGUCAAUGCGAACCAGACAUACUUUACAAUUCUCACUUCGCAAAUCACACAAUUAGGGCCAGUGAAGGAGAUUUCGUACCCUAUUAAUGAAACAGGUUACUAUUGUGUCUCGACUUUCAGCGUAGAUAAAGAUGCCAAAUACAGAGGUACAAUCAACUUUCAAAAUGCCUUUGGACAAUUGAACGCCAGCGAGAUCCCGAAGUUACCCGCAUACGGAAUUUUGACCUUGUGUUAUGCCAUAGCGUUGGCCUUGUUUGGUUUCCGUUUCUUUGUCAAGAGAAAACAGAACCAAAUCUUGCCUUUGCAAAGGUACUUGCUUGCCAUGUUGGGUUUCUUGACCUUUGAUACAUUGGUUGUUUGGUCAUAUUACGAUUGUAUCAAUAGAGUCAAGUCUCCUAGCAACGGUUUUGUUAUAGCAUACAUGGUGUUUAUGGCCAUUUGCAACGCCAUUAAAAUCACAUUUUCAUUCUUUUUGUUGCUUUGUAUUGCAUUGGGAUACGGCGUCGUUAAAUUGAAAUUGAAGAAAAGCACCAUGUUUUGGUGUAAAAUUCUUGCUGCUUGUAAUUUCGUGUCGAGUUUGGUGUAUUUGAUCUUUAACUACUAUGGGGGGUCGUCAAGUGCUUUGGUGAGUUCUCAGAGUAUUGAAAACGUUGAUGCUGGGGGAUUCUUGGGGUUGUUGCCAUUGAUACCCAUUUCCAUUGUUCUAUCGAUAUAUUACGUUACGAUUUUGUCAUCUAUUAGACAAACAACCCACAAUUUGCACCAACAAAGACAAGUCAUCAAGUUGCAAUUAUAUCAAAACUUGUUUAGAAUCAUUUUCUUUGCCAUCAUAAUGACCUUUUUAGGUUUGACUUUGAGUUCAUUCAUCUACUUGAGCAUGUCAACCACUGAUAUGUUUGAACAACACUGGAAGAGUUCUUUUUUUAUAUUUGAUUUCUGGCCAAGUGUCGUGUUCUUUGUUGUGUUUAUGAUCAUUGCAUGGUUAUGGAGACCAACAGAGACAAGCUACAUGUUAGCAGUCUCGCAGCAAUUGUCUGGAGGUGGCGAUGAUGAAGAUGGUGACGGCGAUCCAAAUGACCCAAAUUAUCAAGGUCCAGGUGGCCGUGAGUUUGAAUUAGACGACUUGUCGUUGUUAAGCCACGACGAUGAUAACGAGGAGGACGAGGAAGGCGGUCAUGCAGGUAACAUUCUUGGACGAAAUAGGGUUGAGAGAGAUAGUUUUGAUGUUGGCGAUGAUCACAGAAAAGAUCCCUUUGCCGAUCCAAGUAAUAGUUCUGUUAAAGGCAAAAAUUUGGGAUCGAAUUCAAACAAUCAACUGAAACCACCAGGAUAUAACGAGGUUGACCACAGAGAUAGUGGUGAGAACAGUUUACACAACAAUAAUAAUCGGGAUAAUGUACCGACGGAUUCAGCAAAUGGUCAGACAUUAUUUGAAUUAGAAGGAGAAGAUAGCGAACCCGAAGAUACAGAAGAAGAUGAUAGAUUGAACAAUAGGUCUAAGAAGGACAACUGA